GGCUACCCUUGCAUCCUUGCCCCGUCGCCCCAUCCUCUUCGACCCUCACUGGCCAACCUCGUUCGAAAAAGUUUAAAAUGGCCCUUCAAGGCCCUUGUAUACUUUUCGCUCCGUGGCCAUUUUGGCUCAAGCAUUGAUUGCCAAAUCAGAGCAGUCAACAGGGUUCUUGUGUUCCUGCAAACUGGACUUCCGAUUUCCUCUUUUUUGUCCAGCACAAUUUAGCGGGAUGGUGGCCGCUUGGAAGGCGGCACGGACCACUUUUCUGGUGAUGGUAUUCACGCCCUCGAUCGAGGCCCUCCUCCAACGCAACGACGUGGGGGCCGCUGCCGUCGCCCAGGGGACCGUCGACGAUAUCGACGUGGACGUGCCGCACGAUACCGCCGCCCUCGAGAGGGAGCUCGCUAAGCUCAACGCCACGGUCGACGCGAAAACUGUCGAGAAGAAGAAGAAGCUGGACGUGGGCACCCACACAUCCUCGUACACAUUGCUUGGUGAUGGAGAUUGUCGUUGCACUGGCAAUGGUGCUGUGAACCGUUACGUUUCAACGGCUUGGUCCGACUUGGGUUACGAUGUAGCGGACUGUCAGGAUGUCUGCUCCAGCUACUCGUGGUGUCAAGCUUUGCAAUUCGGACAUGGAUACGGAGGAUGCUUUAUUUAUGCGGCGCCCAACACUGCCAGCAUCCGGCCCGCAAGCAUCACCAACUUUCAGAGUAAUCAAGCUUUUCUAGAUUGGGAUUGUGAAGUCACGGAGGUCAAUCAUAUCCAGGGCCAGUGCUAUUUGAAGGUGGCCGCUCCUCCGGCUACGCCCAGCCCGACGCCCGGUCCGACGCCCAGCCCGACGCCCAGUCCCACGCCAGCGCCCACCUCGGCGCCGACAGCCGCGCAGGCUACCACCCCUGGCGGGGCUGCUGGGGGUGCUACUGCCGUUGGGGAUCCUCACUUGCAGAAGGAAAACCAAUAAUCCAAUGCUGGCGAGGAAGGGCUGCGGGCACGCUUAUGAGAUGAUCGUGGAUGCCUCUGGGGCUUCCUCGGAGGAGGAGGGGAACUUAGUCUUCGGACAGUACAUACCCAUUCGAGGUAGGAGCAAGAGGAGCAGGAAGGAGGAGGAGGAGGAGCACCAGCGCCAGCAGACUGCCAUUCUAGAAAUCGAUAUUGUUUCCUGUAUCUAGAGCUUGUUACUCAAAAGGCGGCCCUCGUCAGGAUAACCAUCUCGGACUGUAGCACACUCUCAGUUUCCUCGAUACUCCUGGACGUCGACGCCUUCGACAAGUGCGUCAAGUGCGAUAAGAAUUGCAACAGCCGCACGGCCGCCGAUGAGGG